AUGGCGCUGGAAAAUGCCGCGCCGCGGGUGUAUGGCAAGGUCCAGGAGCGCGUGACCUUGGACAACGACUUUGAUGAUGAUGUGAUCGACCCCUUUGACAGCCGAGAAAUCUUUGACUUGGUGCGCCACAUCAAUGACCCUGAGCAUCCCCUGACGCUGGAAGAGCUCAACGUGGUUCGACUGGACCAAAUAUUGGUGGACGAUGCCCAGAACUAUGUUCGUGUGCAGUUUACGCCGACCAUUCCACACUGCAGCAUGGCUUCGCUGAUUGGCCUGUGUUUACGGGUGCGGCUGCUGCGCGCGCUGCCCCCGCGCUUCAAGGUGGAUGUGGAGAUUUUUCCCGGCACUCACGCCACAGAGGCCUCAAUCAACAAGCAGCUGGCCGACAAAGAACGGGUGGCGGCCGCCUUGGAGAACCCCAACCUCAAAACUGUGGUGAAUGAGUGUUUGCAGCUUGAUGACAAGUAUCUGGACUAA